GUAUGGCUUGGAACUAACAUCAACCAGUGCAGUGUCCUACAUUUGUUUUUCAUUUGCAACAACAACAACAAUUGCGCUAAAAAAACAUAAAAAGCGUGUUUGGUAUCAGAAAGGAAGAGACAAAAUGAAGCAUGUAGAAAACGGCUUCAGAGUAGGUAUGAACCUUUCAUUCCAACGCCCACAACAAAAACUGAAACUUUAACUGAACCCCAAAAUAUUUGUGUUUUCACCUUUCAAUUCUUCCAACACAAAACGCCAAAAAAACCGAAAUUAUCACUGACGUAGUUAGUGAGGGUUUUGGUUCCUUAAUACCCAUUUAAAUCUUAAACAAAAAAUGGAGACUCGAGUUGAAGUGGAACCAACUCUUAUUGCAUCCAGAUUCUUAGAUGACUUGUCUAAGACUUGCAAGAUGGGUUCUCCAAAUGGAAGAUCAAUGAAUAAGUCUGAGGAUGAAGUUCCUUUUGGCCCUGAAUUAAACUUUCAACAAUCAGAUUCUACUCUGGUGGAUGUACAUGGAUCACGUUCUGAAGAAUUGCAGACCGCUCAUCGUCAAACGUUGAGGGGUAUUAUUUACAGGAGCAUUCGAGUCGUAGUUUUCUCUAACAAGCUCAACUUGCUUAUGUUUUUUGGGCCUCUUGCGAUUCUUUUACAGAAAUUAACUGGUCAUCAUGGCUGGGUCUUUGCUCUGAGUUUAUUGGGUAUAAUGCCUCUGGCGGAGCGGUUAGGUUAUGCAACAGAGCAGCUGGCAUUUUACACUGGAGAUACAGUUGGGGGUCUUUUAAACGCCACAUUUGGAAAUGCAACAGAAUUGAUCAUCUCAAUAUAUGCACUGAAAAGUGGGAUGACUCGGGUUGUUCAGCUUUCUUUACUGGGUUCAAUUUUGUCAAAUAUGUUGCUGGUUCUUGGAUGUGCAUUCUUAAGUGGUGGGAUUGUUUUUCAUAAAAAGGAACAAGUGUUUAACAAGUCAAUGGCUACUGUGAACUUAGGAUUGUUGCUGAUGGCAGUCAUGGGCCUACUUUUUCCUGCUGUUCUACAUUACACACACACGGAGGUCGAUUUGGGGAAGUCAGAGUUGGCGCUUUCAAGAUUCAGCAGCUGCAUCAUGCUUGUGGCCUAUGCAGCAUAUCUAUUUUUCCAGUUGAAAAGUCAAAAAAAUCUCUAUGUCUCUGUGAACGAGCAGGAGGGUCAGGAUGGAAACAACGCAAACGAUGAUGAUUCUCCUGAUAUUUCUAAAUGGGAAUCAAUAAUCUGGCUUUCAGUUAUGACUGCUUGGAUAUCUAUCCUUUCAGAAUAUUUGGUUAACGCUAUAGAGGGAGCAUCUACUGCAUGGAAAAUUCCAGUAUCAUUCAUUAGUGUCAUAUUGCUUCCGUUAGUGGGGAAUGCAGCAGAACAUGCCAGUGCUAUAAUGUUUGCCAUGAAAGAUAAACUUGACAUUUCCCUAGGAGUAGCAAUAGGGUCAUCCACACAGAUAUCUAUGUUUGUGGUACCCUUUUGUGUGGUUAUUGGCUGGAUAACGGGGCAUCCUAUGGACCUAAACUUUCAACUUUUUGAGACUGCAGCAUUAUUUCUAACUGUUAUCGUCGUAGCCUUCAUGUUACAGGAAGGAACUGCUAAUUACUUCAAAGGACUAAUGCUUGUUCUUUGCUAUCUGAUUGUGGCAGCUAGUUUUUAUGUACAUGUAGAUUCCUAUCAGUAGGUUAGACUUGUCCUGUCAAAACAACUUCCACGUUCGCUCAAUUUUUUUCUUUUUGGUUAUUAUGUAUGUAUAUAUUGCUGCAACCACAUCAUGAUGACCAAAAUAAUUGAAAAUAAAAAAAAUAAU